AUGGCGAACGCCGCCCUGCUUCUCCUCUUCACUGUGCUGGCCACUGCCAGCGGCCUCGCCACAGCCACGGCCGGCAGCAGCGGAACCCAACAGCCAUCGGCAAGGAGGAGCCGUUUUCUGCUUGUUGGUGACGUUGCUCAGCUGCCUUUGCCAACCUAUGACUGCUCGAAGAAGUCGGUCGAAGCAUGCCUCCCAACCGGGAUGACAUGCUGUAGCGGCCAGUGCGUCGACACCGCCGCCAACACCCAACACUGCGGCGCCUGCAACAAGGCCUGCAAGCAUGACCGGACGUGUUGUGGCAGGCAUUGCGUCGAUCUGCUCUCCGACAAGAAGAACUGUGGCACCUCCUCUAACCAGUGUGGCAACAAGUGUAGCUACGGCUUCUGCGACUACGCCAAGUAA